CACAUCGAUUCAUGUUACAAACACCAUUCUAAUCGUUUAUAUGGCGAUCACGCGUCGAAUAGUGAUUAUAUUUUUAAUCGAGAUUUUUUCUCAUGUUGACGCAACUGAUUCAUAAUCAUUAGUUUAUCCGUAAAUAAACAAGGUGUGGAUUUUGGUUAUCUUAUCUUGCUCCGAAUGCGGCAGGUCUGGAUGUGGAAGGUGGGGGGCUUGUCCCGUUAGCUGCGCAGCUCAUAGCCACAGCUGAUUUCACAUGUGUCUUGUUCACGACGAGGCGCGCUCGUUCCGCGCUGUGUUGACGCGAAAAUGCCGGUAACUUAACUCGAAAAAGUGCAUGUGAUUUGAAAUUUUUCGCACAUACUAAUUUGUUAGAUAGGCAAAUAGUAAAUAAAGUAUUGGAUACAGUUAAUCCGACGUCCAGUAUUAGUGGAUGCGCGGAUAAAGUGAAGGGUGAGCCGGAGCCAUGCGCAGCGACAUGGCAUAUCGUGGGCUCUCUCAGCACGUGGAGCUGGAUCGAGCUGCCGACCCUAAGGAGCGAUUCACGUUGCAGGAGCUGAUUGGAGAGGGCACUUAUGGAGAGGUCUAUUGCGCUAAGGAUAAAAAAACAGGCAGAAGAGUUGCUGUAAAGGUGUUGGAAAACAUUACAGAAAACAUCGAGGAAAUAGAAGAAGAGUUUUUAGUUUUCAGAGAUUUAUCAGGUCAUCCAAACAUACCUGAGUUCUUUGGAUUAUUUUUAAAACGUGGUACAUGUUCUGACGAUGACCAAAUCUGGUUUGUUAUGGAGCUUUGUACUGGUGGCUCAGUGACAGACUUGUGUGCGGGAAUGCGAGCCCGCGGAAGUAAUCUGACCGAACCACAGUUGGCAUACGUAUUGCGUGGAACUGUACGAGCUUUAACACAUCUCCAUGCGCACCGAUGCAUGCAUCGUGAUGUAAAAGGUCACAAUAUACUCCUAACAGAAGAUGGUGAAGUGAAAUUGGUUGAUUUUGGUGUCUCCUCGCAUCUGGCAGCGACGGCGGCUAGAAGGAAUACCUCUGUUGGGACUCCGUAUUGGAUGGCACCGGAAGUUAUAGCAUGUGAACAGCAAUUAGAUCAGUCCUAUGACUGUAGAUGUGACGUGUGGUCUGUUGGAAUUACAGCAAUCGAAUUAGCAGAAGGGGAGCCACCUUUAUCAGGAUUGCAUCCGAUGAGAGCACUUUUUCAAAUACCUAGGAAUCCACCACCGUCAUUGUCCCACCCAGAAAUGUUCUCUGCUCAACUUGCAGAUUUCAUUGCCGAUUGUUUAAUUAAAGAUAUGAACCAAAGGCCAUUCGCGAGAGAACUUUUAGAACAUCCUUUAUUACUGGCCGUUAGUAGUUUUGAGGACAAGAUUCGUAAAGAGCUCCAAGCUGAGAUAAAAAGGCAAAGAGCCGAAGGUCGUAGCGGUCGUGCUCCAGAAGCGACAACAAAAAGAGGCAAACUAAAAUCGCACCGAAAAGCUAAACCCGAGAAGAUGUAUACCGACGAUUUAGCCACACUAGAAGUCUUAACUGAAGAUGCUAUUGUGGAACAGUUGGAGAAGAGAUACAAUCAAAAUCACAUUUACACGUACAUUGGAGACAUCCUGGUCGCAGUAAACCCUUUUACUGAUAUAGGAAUUUAUACGACAAAGACUCAACAAAUAUACCAAGGACGCUGUCGGUCAGAUAAUCCGCCACAUAUCUACGCAGUCGCUGACGCAGCACACCAGGCCCUGAUGCAUCAAAAACAACACCAGGCUAUCGUCAUAUCUGGUGAAAGUGGCGCUGGGAAGACUGAGUCUGCAAACCUGUUGUUGAAACAACUUGUAUUUUUAUCUAAGACUCAAAAUCGGUACUUAGAGGAGAAAAUAUUGCAAGUAAACCCAAUAAUGGAGUCGUUCGGGAACGCUCGCACGGGAAUUAAUGCAAACAGUUCACGAUUCGGGAAAUAUUUGGAUCUGUCGAUGAUGAGGGUGGGAAGGAUAUCCGGAGCACGGAUAUCUGUUUACCUUUUGGAGCAAUCUCGAGUGAUACAUCAGGCCCUGGGAGAAAGUAACUUCCAUGUAUUUUACUAUCUAUAUGAUGGACUGGAAAGCGAAGGUCGUUGGAGAAAGUUUUAUCUGGAUGAACAGUUGAAAUCCAGACAUCGGUAUCUGCAGCCACUAUCCUCAGUACACCGAGAACACAACGUGCAUCGUUGGAGGCAGCUUAACCAAGCAUUUAAGGUUGUCGGAUUUCAAGAAGAGGAGGUACAAAUUAUAUACAAAAUGCUAUCAGCUAUUUUACAUCUUGGUGACAUAGAAUUCGGCGAAGCAGCCGGUGAAGAUAACACUGACAACAAAGCUACUAUAAUCGAUACGGCACCAUUACAUAGAGCUUCAUGCCUUUUAGGCGUUGAGACAGCAGACCUCCGUGAGUGCCUGACCAGCAGUACAGUUGUCGCCCGCGGGGAGACAAUAGCCCGACACAGUUCACCCACUGAAGCCGCGGUCGCAAGAGACGCCACCGCUAGAGGAUUAUACGCUAGAGCUUUCGACAGAAUUGUUGAGAGAAUCAACGCUCUACUAUGCAAGAAUAGACCACAGGGUGCUGAACAACUCUCUAUCGGUAUCCUCGAUAUCUUUGGGUUCGAAAACUUCGCUAAAAACUCUUUCGAGCAACUAUGCAUCAAUAUUGCCAAUGAGCAGAUCCAGUACUAUUUCAACCAGCAUAUAUUCACCUGGGAACAACAAGAGUACAUGGCUGAAGGGGUACCAGUAGAUCUUGUUGAGUUCUCUGACAACAGACCCGUUCUGGAUAUGUUGUUAUCAAGACCCAUCGGUCUGUUAGCGCUGCUUGAUGAGGAAAGUCGCUUCCCUCGGGCUACGGAUAGGAGUCUCAUAGAAAAAUUCCACAACAAUGUAAAAAGUAAAUACUACGUGCGACCGAAAUCUGACGCAGUUUGUUUUGCUAUCCACCACUUCGCUGGCCGCGUCGUUUACCAAGCUGACGGUUUUCUGGAAAAGAAUAGAAAUUUCUUACCGCCUGAGGUGGUGCAGCUAAUGAGGCAGAGCCAAUACGACAUUAUCAGGUUCCUGUUCCAGUGUCCUAUAACUAAAACGGGCAAUUUGUAUUCACCUUUACACGGCGACGUUGAUACAAGGAGCUUGGAAAGUCCAUCUGGUGAAAUAAGGGACCGAUUCAAUAGCCGAGGUCUAGCGUCGCAGUCUCGAGCCCAGCAGACGGUGGCGACGUAUUUUAGGUUCUCUCUAAUGGAGCUACUCCAGAAGAUGGUUAGCGGCACUCCCCAAUUCGUACGAUGUCUCAAGCCAAAUGACUCUCGAUCACCAAGGCAUUUCGAUCCCACUAAGAUACUAAAACAACUUAGAUAUACUGGAGUAUUAGAAACAAUUAGGAUCAGGCAAAAUGGAUUCUCCCACCGGCUUACUUUUGAUGAGUUCUUGAAAAGAUAUGGUUUUCUAGCAUUUAGUUAUGAUGAAAAAAUAAAAAGUGAUCGCGAUUCAUGUAGACUUUUACUAAUGAGGUUGAAGAUGGAUGGAUGGGCGUUGGGCAAGUCUAAAGUCUUUCUGAAGUACUAUCACGUUGAAGUUCUUGCUAGGAUUUAUGAAGAGCAGACAAGAAAAAUAAUUUUGGUGCAAGCAUGCGUACGAGGAUGGCUUGCCCGCCACCACUACCGGCGGUUAAAGGCGCAGAUGGCCAUUUCUGUACUAACGUUGCAGCGACACGUCCGCGGUUGGCUGACCAGAAAGCGGCUGCAGGAGCGACAGCGACAACUAGCCAAGGAGUUCCAGAGAGAACAGGACAGUCAAAGAAAACAGAAACCCGGUAUGCCUAAUAAGAACAAAGCGAUGAUGAAGGCUAAGGUGCUGCUCCGUAUGACAUCGGAUGACAGUGACAGCAACGAAACAGUCUUCGGCGAUAAAGAGAAUGUAGACACCAACCGAGCAGCAGUCGUCAUACAGAGCCAUUUCCGCGGGUACACGGCACGCCGCCGCUGGGCCAAGGGCCGCGCGCCGCCGCCGCCACCCGCGCCCGCGCCGCCCGCCGCGGUACUCAUGCACCAGUACUCCAUGCAGGAACGCGCCGCGCAAUUGCAUACCUUCGCUGAACAGGUUCACAAUAAAAACCAAGAGCUGCAUAAAAAUCUACGAAGAAACAAACCAGGCAUUCGUUUGCAAGAUGUCCAGCGGCCUCCAGAAGAGUACCGACAGCCACCAGGAUUCACCCUAGUGCCAGCCAUUAUUCGCGGACAGCCGUCGCAGGUGGAACGGGAUGCUAGUCGCCUUUCUAGUCCAUCGCCAGAAUUCCUCGAGAGCCCCGCAAGGCCGUGGGAUGAACCACUGCUGGGUAGGAAAGAGUAUGAUGUCGGGCGGAACAGAUACCAACAAAACAACAAAGAACAUUGUGAACACAGGCAUUUACAGAACAACCAAAACUGGAAGAACCUUCCAUGCAGCAGACAGUGUAGUGGUCUAGUCAGCAACAAGAUCAACGAACUAGUAAAAAACUCCAAUAAGGCGCAACCGGCUCCACGACCAGUAUACAAUCCAACAUAUGACCCUGAGUCCGACCUACGGAAGAUCCUACGAAACUCGCCCGAAAUUCUUGCAACGCCAGUCUUCAGUUCCGACGAUGACUACACAGAGGGACCUUUCCGUUUCAAACAACUUUUAAGGCCUACGCUAGGACCGACUGAGAGUCUUCGCAAACGCAAAGUCCGCAAUUCACCAGGACAAAGUCCGUGGCUCUCGGACAGUUCUCAAGACAGCGUUAGUUCGAAACAAGCUUUAUAUAAUAAACGGCGCCCGCAAAUCAGUAUGGGUGUUUAUUAUAAUUAGUUAUCUACGUGAAAAAAAAAAAAGAAUAUGUGAUAAGAUAUUUACAAGUAUAUAUAUUUAAUAUUGAUCUCUCUAAUUCUUGAGGUAAAACAAUUAUAUAAGGCAAAGAGAUAGACAACCUUAUUGUUAAAAUAUUUAUAACAUCCUAGUCCUCAGAAGUGACAACAAAUUGAGGGUUAUUAUAGAUGUCACAGAAUAUUUUGUGCUAUAUAUGUCUACAGCAGACGUUUUCCCAUCAGGUGGCCUACUAGCUAUCUUGUCAUCUCGUAGUUUGAAAUUUCAUUCUAAUCCACUCACUUCACAGUACUUAUUGUAUACUUGAUAGUACUUCCAUUCCAGAUGUGUUUUUGAAAUAUAAAGAGAUUGUUAGAAUCUGGUUUGAAGUUACAAAUAGCAGAUAGGAUAACAACCAUAAGUGCUUAUUAAAAAUCGAGAACUGAAAUUUGUAGACUAUUCAAUAGGUAUUUUAAAAAUAUAUUAUGUAAUAUACAAUUAUAUAGAUAGUUUAUUAUACAGUUAUAAACUUUCUAAUUGAACCACCUUAAUUUAAAAAUAAAACUGAGUUUGUAAUAAGUAUGAUAUAGUACAUUAAAUUUAAUGCAAUCACCAAAGCAUAUAGUAACAAUUGUAUGAAUUUUUCAAGAAAAAUUAUAUGGUGGUAUUAAUUAAAGUGUAUGUGCCUAAGAAUCAAUAGAUUCCAUAGUACUCCAGUAUUACUAAAAACAUAGAUAUUGUAUAAAAUUAAUAUGAUGUUUGGUUUAAGACCUAUCAUUAGAUCUUGCAGAUAUAUGUUUCUUGUUUAUAACUGAUUUAUUAUUGUUAUUGCCAUCAAUUUGAAAAUUUGGAUCAUUGACAACUGUUGUGAUAUUGUGCCAAUGAUUAUUGAUAAGGUAUUAGCUGUCUAUUUUAAUCGUAGAAAAUAAAUUAAAUUUGUGCAAUAGUAA